ACUCACAUAAAUAAAACAAAAGUUUAAGAAUGCAAGAAUCAGCACCACAUAUAGCAAUUAUACCUACACCAGGUAUAGGUCAUCUGAUCCCACUCACUGAGUUAGCGAGGCGACUCAGUAACGAGUUCAACUUCACCAUAACAAUUCUUAUACCAAAUGAUGGCUUCCCUCCUUCAAAAUCCCAACUCUCUAUUCUACAAACUCUCCCAAACACCAUUUCUCACCUCUUUCUCUCUCCUGUAGACCUCACUGACCUGCAUUCGGAUGCCCGAAUCAAGACUCGGAUAAAACUCACCCUGACUCGGUCUCUCCCAGCGAUUCGUGACUCGCUCCGAGUCUUAUCCGAGUCAACUCGACUCGUUGCCGUAGUCGUUGAUCUUUUUGGGUCCGACAUUUGUGAUUUGGCCCGAGAAAUUGGAAUUUUGCCCUACAUAUUUUUCCUCACUAGUGCAUUGGGCUUGUGCUUCGGUUUUUCCAUGCAAAAUCUCCAUAACAUGCACACGUGUGAAUUUAGAGAUAUAUCUGAUCCGGUUCAAUUUUGUCCCGGUUCAGUUCCGGUUCAUGGUGCUGAUUUUCCGGAUGCGGCUCAAUGUAGGAAAAAUGAAUCGUACAAGUUUCUCCUUGACAUGAAGGAACGUUAUUCUAAAGCUGUUGGUAUAUUGGUUAAUAGUUUUUUCAAACUCGAACCGGCUACUUUCAAGUACUUGAUGGAAGAUUGUCAUCAAGAUCACGAUAAAAUUCCACCUGUUUAUCCGAUUGGACCGAUAAUUCGGACCGAUUUAGAAGGUGAUCUCAAUGGUUUGAACUACCUAAAAUGGUUGGAUGAGCAACCAAGUAAGUCUGUUUUGUUUGUGUCAUUUGGUAGUGGUGGGAACCUUUCUCAUGAGCAAGUUAUAGAGUUAGCAUUAGGACUUGAGUCAAGUGGUCAAAGAUUUUUGUGGGUUGUUAAAACUCCACAUGAUAAAGCUAAUGCUUCUUACUUUAGUAUAAAUGAUUUUGAUGACCCACUUGUGUAUUUACCACAAGGGUUUUUAUGUAGGACCAAAGGGUUAGGUUUAGUUGUUCCUUCUUGGGCUCCCCAAAUCCAAAUCUUGAGUCAUGGCUCGACGGGUGGGUUCGUGACACAUUGUGGGUGGAACUCGAUCUUAGAGAGUAUAGUUCAUGGCGUACCCUUAAUUGCUUGGCCACUUUAUGCUGAACAAAAGUUGAAUUCGGUAUUAUUGGCAGAAGAUUUAAAAGUUGCAUUAAGAGUGAAACCACAUGAGAAGGGGUUGAUACAAAGAGAUCAAAUUGCUCAAUAUGCACAGUGUUUGAUUCAAGGAGAGCAAGGAAAAUUAUUACGAGAUAAUAUGAGAGCACUGAAUCAUGAGGCUAACAUAGCUUUAAACGAAGAUGGGUCAUCAAAAGAGUCAUUAGGAAAGGUAGUUCAAGCAAUGAUGAAUCACAAGAUCAUAGGAAAUGGUCAAAUGGGUGUGCUUAAUUAGCUAAAUACAACUAUUCUAUUAUGUUAGCAGUGUUUCCUCUUAUUAAAUGUUAUGUUACCUGCACAUGCUUUUUUUUAUAAUUGGGGAACAUGUUAUUCUCAUCAACAACUAUGAAGUUGAACUUGUAAUAUGAGCUGCAUUAUGAUUGUCGAAUAUACUACCUUUGUACUUUUUUAA